CUGACAGUGCGACUCGCUCACAGUGGCUUACCCGUGACGCUGCUGCUCGCUUAGCCGUUCGCAACCACCUGCCGUUAGCCGAACGCGCUCACUUCGGACAGCACAAGACUGCUAAAGCACUGUAUGACGCUGUAGUCGCCGGUUACUCCUCCCCUGCCACUGCUGCUCUAGGCCGUCUCCUACUGCCCUACCUCUUUCCCAAGCUGUCCGCCUUUGCCACGGUAGAGGAACUCGUUUCCCACCUUCGCACUAACGACGCUCGCUACCGCGUUGCCCUUCUAGAAGAGUUCCGUGACAGGAACCCGCCCUCGAUGUACAUAACUCUCUACUUCAUAGUCACCCGCCUCCCUGACUCUCUUCGCGCUGUCAGGGACCACUUUCUCGCACUUGACCCCACAGCCCUCACUGUCAACCUCCUCGAGCAGCACCUCCUUGCACCUGAGACUAGCAUAGUCGAUGUAGGUGCCGCUCGUGGCACUCCUCGCACGCCCUUCUUUGAGGGGUGUUCCCCCUCCCCCCUUGCCCCCUUUUACGCUCCUGCUGCUGCUGUUGACAUCCUUGGUGCUGCGGAUGUCAGGGCUGCUUCUGCUGUUAGUGGGAAGCGCCGCAGCAGCAAGGGCAAGGGUGGCAGGGGUGGUGGCGGUGGCAGCGGGGGUGGUAGUGGGGGCAGAAGUGGAGGUGGUGGAGGUAGCAGAGGUGGUGUCAGUGGUGGGAGUGGUGGCGGGAGUGGGGGCUUUGGUGGCGGCGAUGGUGGCUGCGGUGGGGGUGGCGGUAGUGGCAGCAGUGGGAGUGGUGGCAGUCGGGUUGGAGCUGUUUCGAGGGGCGGUAUAGAGGCUACUGCUCUAGGUGCUAGUGAGUCUGCUCUCCCUGAAACUGCGCCUGCUGAGGCCUUGCACACCUUUACACUUGACUCAGGUGCUUCCCGCUGUUUCUUUCGCGACAGUACCGCCCUCACUCCACUCCCUGCACCUGUUCUGGUCAGACUGGCUGACCCCUCGGGGGCCCCAGUUUUUGCCCGUUCCUCCACUGUUCUCCUGUGUCCGGCGGUUUCGUCCGGCUCACUGUCAAGUCUUCACCUCCCCUCGUUCUCUACGAACUUGGUGAUUACCGCUGCCCUCCAGGAUGCGAUGGUCACUACCACCACACCUGGGGGUCAGCAGCGUGUGUCGAUCGGCACGUGCACACGGACGGGCCGUCACCUGGCCACGUUCACCCGUCGGCCUGGGUCGAGUCUGUACACACUGACUACUGAGCCUCCUCAGGUAGCUGCGUCUGCUAAGGUGUCCGCGUCAGGUCAGGUAGCACCCCCCUGCUCGUGUCGCCUCCUGUCGCACCAGACUCUCCUGUGGCACCACCACCUUGGUCACCCCUCCCUGCCACGCCUUCGUAGCAUGCACACUCGCCUCCUUGAUUCUGGUCUUCCCAGGUCUCUGCCUCCCCUCCCGCCCUCGCCUGCCCCGCCCUGCCUUCCUUGCGUCGAGGGGCGGCAGCGCGCCGCUCCUCACUCCUCCUCAUUUCCCCCGACGACUGCUCCCCUACAGACUCUCCACAUGGACGUGUGGGGCCCAGCCCGCAUCAGUGGACAGGGCCGUGAGCGCUACUUUCUGCUGGUUGUUGACAACUACACGCGUUACACCACGGUCUUCCCCUUGCGCAGCAAGGGUGAGGUCCCUGAUGUCUUGAUCCCUUGGAUCCGCGCAGUCCGUCUCCAGCUCCGCGAGCGGUUCCGCCAGGACCUUUCCGUUCUACGUCUGCACUCUGACAGAGGUGGUGAGUUCUCCUCCGACCUCUUGCGGGACUUUUGUUGUGGGGAGGGUAUCCUCCAGUCGUUCACGCUUUCGGCCUCCCCGCAGAAAAAUGGGAUUGCUGAGCGCCGCAUUGGCUUAGUCAUGGAGGUGGCUCGUACCUCCAUGAUCCAUGCGGCUGCUCCCUAUUUUCAGUGGCCGUUUGCGGUCCGGUACGCUGCGCAUCAGUUCAACCUCUGGCCCCGUGUCUCCUUGCCGGAGACCUCGCCUACACUGCGUUGGACGGGGAAGGUUGGCAAUGCGUCGGUGUUCCGGGUUUGGGGUUCUCGUGCCUUUGUUCGCGAUACGUCCGCGGACAAGCUCUCCUCCCACGCUAUUCCCUGCGUCUUCCUUGGCUUUCCCCCUAACGCGCCUGGCUGGCAGUCCCCCUCCGGUAGACCCCCUCCUCCCUCAGGGUCCUGCUCCCUCAGGUGUGUCUCAGGUAAAUUCACUCCCUAG